CCUCAGCUCCGCCGCCGGCGCUGGCAGCCGCCGGGCGCUCCCGGUACCGGCCCCGGCGCGGGCCUGCGGGGAGCCCGUGCCCUCGGUCCUGCGGAAGACUGGCGGAUUCCAGCGGGAAAAGCCCCACAACAACAACCCAGCAACAACCACCCGCGGCCGUCGGGCCGGAAGGGAAUUGCAAAAUCCCGGGGCCGGGAUCACCGGGAGCUUGGGCUGCGUUUGGGGUCGGUUCCCGGCGCUUUGCGGCACCCGCCGACUGCUGUUUUACCCACAGGAGCGCCAGGAAAAGUCGUUUUGGAUCGGUUUUCUCGCUGGCAACAACGUUUUUUCCUCCUGGAAAGUGAAACUGCGGGAUCAGCGUCCCAGCGAGCUAAAACUUGAGAGGAUAUGGCCGAGCUCGGCUCCGGGUCCUGCCGGGGGUUACAUCCCGGGGGAGCGACGGGAAUGCUGCUCGCUUGACCGAGGAAUGGUGUUCUUAACCGGGGCACCGGGAUCGGGGGGUCACUUGGACACGCGGACAUUGGCGACGCCUCGAAGGGGAUUUCUUCUCCAGCUUUUCCUAUUUCCCUGAGGAACCGGCCGAGCCCUUUCCCAUUCCCACAGCGUGUGGGGGUUUUGGCUGCUGUGUGUGCCCCCGGGCCCGGCCAUGGCGUUGAAAGCCAGAGCGCUUUACAACUUCCAGAGCGAAAACAAAGAGGAGAUCAGCAUCCAGGAGAACGAGGAGCUCGUCAUCUUCAGCGAGAACUCCCUGGAUGGGUGGUUACAGGGUCAGAACAGCCGCGGGGAGACCGGCCUCUUCCCAGCCUCCUACGUUGAAAUCCUCCGCUCCCGGUCAGGCUCCAACUACACGGAUUACUCCAGCAGCCCGGCCGGCUCUCCCGGGCAUGACUCAUCCUUCUACACAGCUCCCUCCAACCCCAGCAUCCCCUACCAGGGCAGUUUUGAGGAUGAUGAUGAUGAUGACUGGGACGACUGGGACGAUGCGUGCACGGUGGUGGAGGAGCCCCAGAGCGCGCCGGGCACCAACGGGCACCCCUCGCCCAGCCUGCAGUACCCGCCAGCCUAUGGGCACGACCAGCACGCCGGUUACCGUCCCAAGCCGGCGCUGGAGCGGCAGGACAGCAUGAGCUCCUCCAAGAGAGGCAGCGUGGUGGGGAGGAACCUCAACCGCUUCUCCUGCUUCGUCCGCUCGGGGGUGGAAGCCUUCAUCCUAGGGGACGUGCCCCUCAUGUCCAAGAUCGCCGAGGUGUACUGCAUCGAGAUGGGCUCCAAAGGUCCCCAGUGGAGGGCCAACCCUCACCCCUUCAUCUGCUCCGUGGAGGACCCAACCAAGCAAACCAAGUUCAAGGGCAUCAAGAGCUACAUCUCCUACAAGCUGACCCCCAGCAACAUCAACUCGCCCGUGUACCGGCGGUACAAGCACUUUGACUGGCUCUACAACCGCCUCCUGCACAAGUUCACGGUCAUCUCGGUGCCCCACCUGCCCGAGAAGCAGGCCACCGGGCGCUUCGAGGAGGACUUCAUCGAGAAGCGCAAGCGGCGGCUCAUCCUCUGGAUGGACCAUAUGACCAGCCACCCCGUCCUCUCCCAGUACGAGGGCUUCCAGCACUUCCUCUGCUGCCGCGACGAGAAGCAGUGGAAGCUGGGCAAGCGCCGGGCGGAGAAGGACGAGAUGGUGGGCGCCAGCUUCCUCCUCACCAUCCAGAUCCCCACGGAGCACCAGGACCUGCAGGACGUGGAGGACCGCGUGGAUGCCUUCAAGGCCUUCAGCAAGAAGAUGGACGACAGCGUCCUGCAGUUGACCAACGUGGCCUCGGAGCUGGUGCGCAAGCACGUGGGGGGCUUCCGGAAGGAAUUCCAGAAGCUGGGCAAUGCCUUCCAAGCCAUCAGCCACUCCUUCCACAUGGACCCGCCUUACAGCUUGGACGCCCUCAACAAUGCCAUCUCCCACACGGGCAAGACGUAUGAGACCGUGGGGGAGAUGUUCGCUGAGCAGCCCAAGAAUGACCUGUUCCUCAUGCUGGACACUCUCUCUUUGUACCAAGGGCUCCUCUCCAACUUCCCAGACAUCAUCCACCUCCAGAAAGGCGCCUUCGCGAAGGUGAAGGAGAGCCAGCGGAUGAGCGACGAGGGCCGGAUGGACCAGGAGGAGGCGGACGGGAUCCGCAAGCGCUGCCGCGUGGUGGGCUUCGCGCUGCAGGCCGAGAUGAACCACUUCCACGAGCGGCGCGUGGCCGACUUCAAGAGGAUGAUGCAGUCCUACCUGAAGCAGCAGAUCAUCUUCUACCAGCGCGUCAGCCAGCAGCUGGAGAAGACGUUGCGCAUGUACGACAACCUCUAACACCUCCCCUUGCUUCCCCACAGCCUCACAGACCUCCUCUGGUUGUGAUGGGCUGAGACCCGCCGGGAACUCAUCACGCUAGUGACCAAAUACCUUUGGGCUUUCUUCCCCCCCCUUCCCGGGUGGGCAGGGAAGGGCUCGCCCACAGGCUGGAUGUGCCACCUCCUUCCAUGGGGACCUCCCACCCCGCCACGGGUCUGGUGGGGACGCAGGGGGUGUCACACGAGAGAUGGGUGUGCUGGUACCUCCGGUGAUUUUUAGCUUUCCCCAGCCCUCCCUCCUGCAGCAGGGAGGUGGGCGCAUCCCAGCCUGCUGGGAAGAAGAAAUCCAAGCGGUCGACAUUUUGCACACUCCAGGCUUUUCUGAUGGAAAGAAAACCAGAAGAAGAAGAAGAUCUUUAUUUGGAAGAGAAUGAUUUUUGUUUGUUUCUUUUUGUCACGAGAGGUUUUCAAUAUUUUCCAUUUUUCGCAAAUGUUUCUGCAGCAUUUUUACCAAUCACUUUUUAAAUAGAAGCACAGAGGCCGAGGGCACCUCUUUGUUGUCUGGGAAAAGGGAGAAAAAAACAACAAAAAGGGAAAACAAAA